GUGCAACUCGGACCACCACAGGGUCCAGAAAAACGCUCAAAGAUAAGCAAAUAGGCGACGUUUUACAGCAGUGGGAGGAGCUACAGGAGCCUGUGCGCCCUCGUCCGCUCAGUGGGAGGAGCCAGGCCAUGACGCUGAGCUGCAAUAAGAUAACGCACGGAGCAGAGUGCUGAAAAUCUGUGUGAUGCAUUUGGAUACCUGAAGGAAAAAUACAUGUAGAGCAAGCCUUAUGUUUAAGUGAGAAGAAAACAAUGACCUUCAUGAGGAAACGCUGUUGUGGACGACUUUCUAACUUGCAGCUCACAAUGGUCUAUUUACCAAUAUUCACUGUCAGACCAUAAAGGAACAGACCCGCUUUCAGGGACACUCAAACAAAACAGGCCUGCCUCACUUAUGCUGUUUUGGCUGGACUGUUCAGCUCCGUACAAUGAAGAGACCCAAGCAACAGGCGCAGUCCCUCAGUUUUCUCAGCUUCUUCAGCCGAAAGCCCAAAUCUGAGCCUAGGAUUGAAAAGCCCUCUGGGAAUUUGAACAAGGAAGAGGUUGCCAUCACUCUCACACCCAAUGAGCAUGAGCAUGUGGAACAAGCUCCAAUUGAAGAAGGUGACUUUGGAGAGGCUGGAGGAGAUCUUGGGAAAGGUGAAGGAGGUGGAGUGGGAGACGGUGAACGAGGUGCAGAGUGUGGCAGCACGGGAUCAAUGGGAGUACUGUCUUUGUCCUCCUCCAGUCAGGAGCAGCUGCUUGAGCACCUGGUGGAAUGCCCACUUUGCCUCCUGAGUCAACCACGCGGCCUCUUCCCCCGCCUGUCAUCCUGCCGGCAUCGUGCAUGCACAGACUGUUUGCGCCAAUACCUACGCAUCGAGAUCUCUGAGAGUCGUGUGGGUAUUGCCUGCCCGCAGUGCCCUGAAGUGUUGGCACUGCCUGAUGUCCGUGCCAUUCUGGAUGACGGUGCACUGCUGGAAAGGUUUGAAGAGUUCCAGCUGCGCCGUUUUCUGGCUGCUGACCCAGACACUCGCUGGUGCCCGGCACCAGACUGCAGCUAUGCAGUGAUAGCUUAUGGCUGUGCGGAGUGCCCCAAGCUAAGUUGUCGUCGGGAAGGUUGUGCUACUGAGUUUUGCUACCACUGCCGCCAGCUGUGGCACCCAGACCAGACCUGUGACCAAGCCAGACGUCAGCGAGCUCGCUACACAUCAGGGGCCAAUGAUGUUUCCACACUCUACGUGUUCAACGAGGAUCCUGGUGAUGCAGAGGAGAUCAAGCCCUGUCCACGCUGUGGUGCCUACAUCAUGAAGACUAAUGAUGGCAGCUGCAACAGAAUGAACUGUACAGUGUGUGCCUGUCAGUUCUGUUGGCUGUGUAUGCAGGAGAUAACGGAUGUGCACUACCUCAGCCCUUCCGGCUGCACUUUUUGGGGAAAGAAGCCAUGGUCACAGACACGAAAGGUUUUGUGGCAGGUUGGCAUGCUGCUUGGGGCUCCAGUGGUGAUCUCACUCAUAGUGGGUAUUGCAAUACCUGUCAUCAUUGUGGGGAUCCCAAUUUAUAUGGGCCGCAAGGUCCACGGCCGCUGUAAGAAAAACAAUAUCUCAGGAAGUAAGCAUUAUUUGACAGUGGCGAGCGGGGUCAUGAUGUCUGUUUUUGUGUCUCCAGUCAUAGCGGCCAUUGCUGUGGGGGUUGGAGUGCCUCUUAUGUUGACCUAUGUCUACGGGGUAGUGCCCAUGUCGUUGUGCCGGAAUGGCUGGUGCAGGCCACAAACUGAACUUCCGGAAACCCAGAAUAUACAGCUGGAAGAUCUGGCCAAUUAUCUUCUAUUUUCUCAUGUAGUCAGUGACCAUUGGACAGGCCAGCCCAAUCCAGCUCUAACUGAUGGAAGCAUACAGGAAGUAAGUGUGAAUGUGGAGGAAGUGAUGCCGCUUCCAAGCACCAGUGUGGUCCAUUCAGGAGCAGAAGGCUGCAUUGAACCGCCUGCUGAUAGACAUAUUGACAGCACUGAGCAGGAUGUCCAGUCAGACGAAGUGGAUGUAGUAGAGGAGUGUGCCUUCAGUGGCAAGCAAACAUUUGCUCUGAGCAGGGAAGGGACCAAUAUUGAGGUACGUGUGGAGAUUGAGGCCCAGCCACAUGGAGGGCGGAAGCCGAGUCUCAGCAGUAUUGUGUCUAGUAAGAGCAUUUCAUCAGAAUCACUCAGCCAGCCCUGUGAGCCUCUGUGUGCCUCUCAACAGACAGGGAGCACAGCUCCCGAAAUCGACAACAUUUGAACGACUCCUUGGAAACAACUGCUUCCACCGCCCACCAACACUCCCACCAGUGGAGAGUCAGUGUCAUGGAAACCAACAGAGAGAGAGAUAGAGUGUUAACAAAAAGAAAGAUGAAAAAAGACAGAAAAGAGGAAAUGGAGAUGAAAGUCCAGGGCAUCUGCAAAAAUACCAUGAAGGGGAUUAAAGACGAUAAUAUUAAUUGAAAUGACCAAGCGCAUGUUUGUCAGCAAGUUUGAGGAGUGCUCAGCAGUUUUUUACUAUGUUCUAUUGAAAACAUUGCUCAUUUGGAUGCUGAUCGGUUUCAAUUUUUUAUUAGCUCUUCUCUAGCUCUUCGUUGCUAUACUCUUUUAUUUAAUGACCAUAUGGUCUAUGUCCCCUGACUGAAAUUGAAGAAAAAAAGAAAAAGUAUUAAGCUACGGAUUAAAAGCAUGGUUUGUUCUGCAAGGGUUGGUUCUUUAGCCUGAUGUGGCAUGUGACUGCCAACAUGGGGAAAUGCAGUGCCUCUCUGUCUGAAGAUUAGUGUGAUGCAGGCUAAUGCUAACAGGGACUUGGUAAUGGGCCUUAACUCACUGUAUUUAUUCAUUUAUUCAUUCAAUUAAGUUUUUACAUAACAUAUAUUGUUGUCACAUUUUCACAUGUGGCAAAAUCUGCAGGAUUUAGGUCUAGAUUUAGCCCCAAGCCUCAUUCUGUUGCUAUUACUGUAUGUCCUGACCCUUGAGUAUGAUAAUCUCAGGUCAAAGUUUGUGAUCUUAGGGAAAAGUAAACAUUGUUAAGACUGUGAUUUUGAGUGCUGCUUAGAAAACUGAUAAAACAAUAACCAGAAUGUGAAAUUGCUCUAAAUCAGUGGUUCUCAACUGGAGUGUUGCAGGUCUGUUGGAAAACAAUGCUAAUUCCCUAUAAUAAAAUAUAAUUGCAUUAAAAAGGAUGAUAAAACGCUUCCCAUGUCUUUUGUUAUUGACAUCAAAGGCAGUCUGUCCAAUCAAACUCUAAUCUGUCACUUAGAAUCUAUAGCCAAAUUAGGUAGAUGCACAAAACUAUGCGAAGCAAAAAAAAUUACGUUGUAGCAAGUAUAAACAUGACAAUGUGUUUUAAAGGGGUAAUUAUUGUAUGGGUAAAUAUGUCAAUCCAAUUAAUUAGUUAAUUUGUUUACUUGAUGCCCAGUAUAAAAUCUGGGACCUAAUGCAAAACCACUUGAGAACCACUGCUCUAAAUGUUACUGUUUUUCUCUUAAACCACAAACUGUUCACUUAUUUUGGCUGUAACAACAUUGUUUAUCCAACUGUUUUUGAGUUCUUGAUUAAUUAAGAGUUUUAAAAACCCAUCAUCUACAGAGAGCACCUUAUUACCUUGGCUGCUGGGGCUGUAGGCAAUAUCUACAGCAAAAUUAUUGUUUGUUUGCUUGCAAAGUAAUAGAUUGUAGGCUACUGGUAGUCCAGAGUCAGCAGUUGUAUAAUAUCCACAGUUUUUCUGACUAACCAAUGGGCGCCGCCAUGAUGAUUCUAAUUGCUGCUGGAGUGUUUAUUGGUUCUGGUCUCCAUGAGCAGCAAGAUAAAAACUACCAAAAAGUGCGUUCCAGACAGAGAAUAACAACAAUUUUAAGUUAGUUGGAGAAAAAAUUAGUUCAGGCUCAACUCGUGCAGUUGUUGACUGUCAUAAUAGAAUUCGUUUAUGAUAUCAUUGUAACUCACCUCAGUGUAUAUAGUCUGCAAAACACAAACGAAGAUUUUUAAAAGAAUAUUUUAGCUAUGUUGGUCCUCACAAUGCGGGCGGGCUGUGGGGGGUUAAAAGUAAU